GUACAAGAGGAGGCUCGUCUAUCACAGACAAAAGGCAGCAAUGGAGCCCCAAACCAUACUUCCCCAGACGACCUGUUUACCGAAUUGCGAACCACCGAAGUAGCCAAAUAUCAAACCGAACUUGCCCAGCUGGAAUCGGAAAAGAAAGAACUAAAUCGGCUGUUGGAAGAGACUCAGCGGUCAUUGGAGGUGGCUAACAGCGAGGCGUCAAGCAAACAGGAGCGAAUUAAUGGUCUUUUGGCUCAGCUGGAUGCCAUCAUGUCGGUGCGUUCAGAAGCCGAUGAUGAGUUCGAACGUAACCAAGCCGAAAACGAAUCUCCCACUUCUGAUAUACCAAUUCCAUACGGACCAAAUGGCAAGGAUAUCAUGGCAGAGUCCUCCAUUUCCGUACUACAAAUAGAUGAGAACGAUGACCAUGAGAAUAGCUUUCGCAAUAAACUUGUCCUUAAGCGACUCAGGAAAGCACUAAGACAGAGCGAGAAUCGUUAUUCUGUUGCACUUCGUCAAAUUACUAGUAUGCAGCAUGAUUUGUGGAGGUAUCAUGAACGUGAGAAGCUGAACAGUCGCCCAGAGUUAGCAACUGAAGAGGGACUAAAAUUAGAGUUGAUCAAACUUCAAGGAGAUCUUGAUACGCGUUCGGAAGAGAUAAGAAAUCUGAAGAAUCAGUUAUCCACCAGUCAUGCAAGUUCUCGUUCAACAGAUGAUAAGCUGCACCAAUUUUCGAAGGAUGUGUCUCGUUCACUCAAUAUCUUGUUAGAAUCUUACUCUUUGGUCUGCUCUGCAAUGAAUGAAGAUCCGGUGAAGCAGGUAAGAAACACAUUCGAGUGA